UUUGACAGUUUCUCUUGUCUCUUCCUGUGUUUCAGGAGCUCUUGUAAGGUUUUUCCUAUUGAGUGUUUAUUUCUGAGUGUCUGUCGUCUCAUUUCUGAGUGUUAAUGCGUUUUGUAAUCAGCGUGUCUGAUUGCAGCAUGUGUGUGUGUGUGUGUGUGUGGGAUGCUCUGGGCUCACACAGGUUACCCCCUCUCAGUCACACAUUCCAUUACCAUAUAUGGGCAGCAGAGCAAGACGAAGCAAUUACUGUCGCCUACAGUGUUCUCUCAUCGGAUCCUCCUCUUCUCGCUCGUCCCUCUCCCUUUUAUCUCCUGCUCUCUCUCUUUUCCUUUUUUCUGUCUCCAUUGUUUCUCCUUUCUGUUUUUUGCAUGUUCUUUCUGUCUUUUGUCUUUCUCCUUCACUGUCUACACCCACAUCAGCCCCUUCGCUUUGUUCCUUCCUUCUUAAUUUCACUCCUCUAGUCGUUUACUGCAUUCUGAUUUGCAUGCCUACAUUACACGCUUAAAGGGAUAGUUCACCCGAAAAUGGAAAUUGUCAUAUUUCUGUAUGAAUUUCUUUAGUCGGUGGAACAUGAAAGAAGAUAUUCUGAGAAAGUCGAGUGUUUGCAUACAAUGAAAGUCAAUGGGGUCCAAUGUUGUUUGGACUCCAGGGAUCUUCAACAUAUGUUCUCAGAACAAGAAAAGUCAUGUAGUGACAUGAAGCGGUCUGGAGUCAGCGUGUUCGAGUGGAACCCGAGGUCACUGCGUAUCCUAAUGGAUCUGUCAAUCUGCGCUGUGAGUUCACCAACAGUGGAACCACCAAACUCACACAGGUUUCGUGGAUGUUUGAGCGCGUGGAGGGUGAUAGGCACAACAUUGCAGUGUUCCACCCCCAAUACGGAGCCAGUUUCCCUAAUAAAGACUUUGAGGGCCGAGUAUCGUUCACUCAGAACUCCCUGGAGAACCCCUCCAUUAGGAUCGACAAGCUGAGGAUGGCUGAUGCUGGCAGGUACAUCUGCGAGUACGCCACCUACCCCAGCGGAAACGAGCAGGGGACUACCACUCUUAUCAUGCUGGCCAAACCCAGAAACUCAGCUACCGUCAUCCCGGUGCGAGCCAGCUCUUCUGAAGUGGUUGUGGCAAGCUGUGAAGCAGCCCAAGGAAAACCAGAGGCAACAAUCUCCUGGAUUACAACCAUUGCCGGCCGCUAUAAUCACACCUCAGUGCCCGAGAGGGACGGGACGGUCACCGUGAAGAGCGAGUAUAGGAUGAUCCCGACGCCUGCUGAAAACGGCAGAGAAAUCACCUGUGUGGUGAAUCAGAGGACGCAGGUCGAACCCAGACCCUUCCCGCUGAAGCUGGUGGUGGAGUAUCCACCCACUGUGACAAUAGAAGGAUAUGACAAUAACUGGUAUAUGGGUCGGACUGAUGCCGUGUUGACCUGCCAAGCUGAUGCCAAUCCAGCACCUACUGAUGUUAGCUGGACAGUUGCGUCGGGUCAGUUGCCACCUUCGGUUCGAGUGGAUCAGAACCGGCUGCUGGUGAGGAAGGUGGACGAAACGGUGAACACCACUUUCGUGUGCGAGGUGAAGAACAGCCUGGGAUCUGGCAAGAAAGAGCUGGUCGCCAUGGUCAUCGAAUCGACUGAAGACCCGUCCAGUGCUGGCGUGGUGGCUGGAGCCAUUCUGGGAAGCUUCUUGGCCCUCAUUUUGGUCAGCGCGUUGGUUACCGUGUUAGUGAUGCGAAGUCGCCGCCAUCAGCAUAGAUAUUCGGGCGAUGGUGAGCAAGGCACUUAUGGCAACAAAACCCGUCUUUUUGGAGGCAAGAAGGCAAACAAGAACGGCGCGGGGGCCGGCAAUAAUGGGCCAAUCUACACAUACCGCGAAAGCGAGCCAGGUGCCCUGACGGAGAAAUGCAACGAGUUUUCCCGCAUUACCGGAAGCACGCCAAGCGCCCAUGACAUCCUGCUGAGCAGCGAGAUGAAUGAGGCCAAGCGCAGGAAGUUCGACGCCCUGAACGACAGCCUGGAGGAUGAAGAAGAGGACGAGAGGUACGACCGCUUUAGCGGACUGCCGCCCAGCUAUCAAAUCCAUGGGCACGAAGACGAGUGCACACCUUACCUGGACGACGACAUGGAAUCCCAGCGAGACGGGUCAAUCAUUUCCCGGACUGCAAUUUACGUGUAGAGGAAGCUGAUAAUAUACCUGACUAUUAUUUACUUGACCUUUUAGAAUAAAAAGACCGAAACAGAGGAGCGGAAGCAGAAUGGUUAAUGUCACAUCUGUGGACGAAAGCAUUAUCAAACCGAAAACACAAAUUAAUGCUGCUUGCCUCACGAUGCGUACUUUGAAUGCAUAAUACAGACUGAAAAUAAGAGUGAUUUUGUUGUUGUGUAACUGUAACUUUGUUAACGCCCAUUCUAGCAAGAAUCCAUCUUUCCGUGGUGCGUUCACUCCUGUGAGCACAAUACUCAAGUAGGCUCUUUGAAGUGAAAAGAAAGCCUUGUGAUUACCCAUACACGAUUGACAAUGCUGCGUCGCAUGAGUGUCACAGCAAGCUGUGACCUAGAAGCUAAGGCCGUUGUCUCCAGGUUGCAUAUUCCAGGCUUCUUUUAUCAAAUCCCGGGAAUGUCGUCUUUGAGAACAGCUGGAUGUUUUGUUAGCAAAACAGAAAACAGGCAACGCAAUGCUGUUGCGUUGCAAUACUCCAUCAUCUGGGUCAUUCAUCUGUGACGCCGAUCAACUCCAGCUGUGAACGCUUUUAACUUUGCCCCACCAUUUUUUAGCUCUCGUUCAUUAAUCGGAUGUCUUGUUACGCUAAAGAAAUUUUCUGAAUGACUCGAGGGGUUCUAGGCAGAGGCGUAAUAGUGUUUUAGUUUUUCCCUCUCCAUACUCUCCUGUCAACCUCUGCAGAACGAUAUGUUCCGGGCCAUGUUUAAUUCAGAAGAGUGUUGUGCAUUAGCCGUGUGUGUUUUGGGCUGAUGCAUGUUAUUUUUUUCUGAACACCUGAUUAAUCCAGUUAUAUCAAAACCAUUGAAUGCAACAUCAGAAAACUGCAAACGCGAGCACGACUAGCAUCAGCACGAAUCCUUCCAGGAGGAAAUAGGCUCGGAGUCUAUACUGUGUUGUCUUUUAACUUCACUAAAACAGAUUAAGUAGAUUAAAGCACAUCGUAGAUUGGCGGCAAAGGCUGGGACUGCAAGUGACGUGCCUUUGAGUGUGGGAUUAUAUGGACGGUCGGAGCACUUGACGGACCUGGGAGAGUUAAGCCAGGCGGCAUAUGCUGCCCAGUUCAGCCGAGUCCACAACGAUGUUGAAAUGAUGCCAGCUGAAAAAAAAAGGUCAAGGGGCGACACGCUCUCACCGUAUGUUCGCCAGCGAGAUUAGGUCACUCGCUUUACCGAGCGGGUCAACAGCUUGUUUUGAAGCCUCGUGCAUAAGCCAAAUUUUUUGGGACUACAAAAAAUACAUUUUGGACAACUACGUGUGUGUAACAAUGUGCGUCCAGAUGUGGAUUCAUUAGUCUCUGGGUUGUCAGCGAGUGCGUGCUUUGCAUAAUGUUGUGCCGCUUGUAUGGAUGCUUCGGCAGUGCUUUGAAUUACUUGAGCUGUGACUCAUUCAUCCUUGGUUUCACAGCAUCGAGGUUAGAGUGAUAAUGACAAAGGAGCAACACACUCACCGAUGUGACGCCACCCAGACAGAACUCCAUACCCAGCAAAGCAGAUAUAGCAUGAGUAAUUUGGAGAUUAUACUAUCUGGACCCAGUGACUGUAAAGGCAGUAGUUACUCUAGUGUGUUCAACCACACUGCAGACUUGCAAGGCUUUAUCCCCCCCUCCCUAAAGCGCUUCAUGUUGCAUCACUGCACUGAAAAAAAAUAAGGAUGGGAAAGCUACUUUUCUGAGAGCUGCUAAGGCCUUGAAAUAUUCAAGGCAAUAAUGACGACAAACUGAAGGAAACGGGGAAUUUCUGAAUAAUGUGUUGUUUGCAAUAGCAACGGUAUUAACUUCACCUGUUUGGUCUGAAUUUAGAGUCAAUGUCAGGCAGAAUCAUGUGAUGUAUUGUGAGAUACUGAACUCUUGACAUGAGAAUGCUGAAAGAGCAAUGUAGCCAAAUCAGUCUUAUUGUCAAUGUUUUAAUAGAAUCUUUUGUUGAACUUUUCUGAAUGUUUUUAUAGAAUAUUAGUAUUAAGAGUUAUAUAGUGAUGCCAUGUUGUCAUUUGCACAAUCCCAAGGCUACAUAAAGAUUAAUAAUUGAAAUAAUUGUGGGGGAAAAUAAUAUGUCUGGGUCACAUUAUACUGCAUAAUUUAAGGAAAUAAUUAAGGAACUUAAAUAUUUUGCAUAAAACAUAAAGCCUUGUUUUUAGGAUCUUAUGUUUUAUUGUAAAUUACGCGGAUUUAAAUUUACAGUAUUUUUUUUGUUACUUAUACAAAAAACAAUUCCAUUUAAAAUAGAGAAAAUAUAUAUACAUUACUUUUAAAAAUACAUUACAGUAAUGACGAUUUAGGGAAUCAUCUGUUUAACUGUCAAGAAAAUAAAGCCAUAUUUCAAAAAGGGCCCCAUUUACUUUAUAUAAUAUAAUUUUUUGAUUUUUGGAGUAAAAUAUGACCUGGACUUCACCUGGUUACCAAGUUAUAUUCGGAGCUGAAAGAUACCAUAGAAGUUAAUAGACAAUUGAAGAGAAAGAGAUCCUUAAUUUUUUUGUAAGUGGGCAAACUUACAAAAUCAGCAGGGGGUCAGAUAAAUAUGUUCCCCACUGUAUUCACAUGUUCUCAAUAUUAUGAAACAAUAAAGUAUGUUUUUAUGGGUUGGUGUAAGUGCCUUCUGGGAUGUGUUUUAGGGUUGGAAGCUCGCCACAAUUCAUGCAAUGUUGAAGUCCUAUAUAUUGUAAAUUAAUGCCAGACGUAACAACUGCAAGCAAUCGACGAUAUUAAAAAAAGACGAAAACAAGACCGGCUGAGCAAUGCAAAUUGUCCCCACGUGAUGUUUCUAAAUUGCUCGGCAUUAUGGUGCGAGUCAUUAUCAACUCAUCAGCUGUGGAUGUCAUUGAACUGGUUAUUCAUUCACUCUGAAUGUUGUGUUGUGAAACUGUGUAUGAAAAACAGAUUGCUUCUGCCUGGCCUCAAACUGUUUCUUUUGUGUAAAAACUAUAACAGGUUCAUAUCAUAUCACGUAACUGCUGUACAACAACACAUAUUUGUCAAAUCUUGUGAGAACAAACUAUACUCUCUUCUUUAUGUUUAGUUUGUUAUAUACUAUGGAUGGAAACCAGUGCUAUCCUGUGAGGUCUUGAUGGUGUGUAUCUUGACGUGACGUGUCCUGUGUGUGAGAUAUAUAUAUAUAUAUAUAUAUAUAUAUAUAUAUACUGUAUAUGUAUGUAUUGUUCAUCAAGAUAUCCCGUGAGAGAAAAGUGUUAUUUAUCAGUGCUGUAAAUAACAGAUGUAGUGGUCAGUUGUGGCCAACACCAAAUAUAAAAGCAGAUGUAGUACAAUAGGCCAGAGUAGACAAGAGAAUAACCUCAGCUGCCUUGAGUCGGUGAUUUAGACAGACGGGAAUCUGUGCGUUCAGCAGAUGUAGCUUCCCGGACGCACACUAGUUGGUAUCUGGCACACGGCCUGCGAUGAAAGUACAGUAUGGAUUGAUGUUCGCACACUAACUUUUUGCACUGACAACUUUAAGCUCUCUCAGUCCUCUUCACCAUAACACACACUCCCACACCUCAACAUGACCAGACGUCAACAAUAGAUAAACACACACACACACACACACUCCUCUGUAGCGGGCGAAUCUCAUGCUUAUGUCCUGCUCAUAUGAUGCCUCACAUUACUUUUUGUUUAAAGACAAUUGUAGUUGAUUUUUAUCAAAGUGUUCUCAUGGUCAUGGAAAACAUGGAAAUAUAAGGAAAUUAUCUUAUUUUCAGGCCUGGAAGUUUUAGUCAAGUCCUAGAAAUGAAUUGGUCAAAAACGUGCAUAAUUAUUUUCUUUGACUUAAUUAAUUAAUUAAUAAUUAUUUUAAAUGUAUAUACAAAACAUCAAAUAAAAAUAUGUCACUUUAAAAUGAACUCAAGUAAAAUCUAAUUGAUUUA